AUCUAAUUAGAUUCUGAUUGUUAUUGUUUUGGAUUAUUUUGAUUCCGGUUAUUCGUUUAUUUGAUCUGCUAAAAUUGUUAAUUGUUAUAAUUCGUGAUUGAAAUGCCUGGUGGAAAGAAGCAGUUUGAGAAAUCAGGACUUGGUAAAAGUCUAGUGAAUAAAAACAAGACCAGUGGUAUCAAGAAAAGCUCAAGACAUACGGCUGUUCUUAAUGAUGGAUCAGAUUAUGGUAAAAUUAAUUUACGUAGUGUUACCCAAGAGACCAGUUUAGAUGAUUUUAUUACCAUCGCUCAAAUGGCUGGAGAUGAAUUUGAAAAAGAUCAUGAAAAUGUAACAAUAAUUACCAGAGCAACUGUUCAGGGUGUUCUUAGUGAAGAGGAAAAACGUGCUUUGAUCAAGGAACAAGAAGAAAAUGAAGAAAUGAUUUGUAUUCCAAGGCGACCAAAGUGGAAUUCAGAUAUGAGUUCAGAAGAUUUACUGAAAAAGGAGAAUGAAAGUUUCCUUGAAUGGAGACGUAGAUUGGCUAUUUUUCAGGAAGAAACUAAAUUAACCUUAACUCCAUUCGAGAAAAAUGUUGAAUUUUGGCGACAAUUGUGGAGAGUUGUUGAAAGAAGUGACGUUUUAAUCCAGAUAUUAGAUGCUCGUAAUCCAUUAUUGUUUCUAAGUAGAGAUUUACAAAAAUAUGUUAAAGAAAUUGAUCCUAAUAAGAUGAAUCUAAUCAUCCUCAACAAGGCUGAUCUAUUAGAAGAGAAACAACGAAUAGCAUGGGCUGAAUAUUUCGAAAAAGUUGGAAUUCGAGCUGUUUUCUUUUCAGCCUUACAAGAAUCAGUAGCAGAUGAAACAUUAUCAGAAGAAGAUGAAUCCAAAGACAAUGAUGAAGAUGCUGGAUUUACCUCUACUGAUGAAAGUUCCGAUGAAGAGUCAUUUGCAAAUUCGGAACCUAUUGAAGUGAUUGACCUGAGAGAGGCAGAAGAACAAGAAACACCAACAAAUUCUAUUUCAGAAGAACCAGAAAAUGUCGCAUCUUCGACUUCAACUCAGCCUUGCGAGCCCAAUAAAAAUUCAGAAGAAGACGUUCAAACCCUUGGUAGACUAUUAAAUCGCGAAGAGUUGAUUGAAUAUUUUAAGACAGUUUAUCCGAGUGAUCGACCAAAAUUUAAAGACGAAUAUUUAACAGUUGGUUUUGUUGGUUAUCCAAAUGUUGGUAAAAGCUCAACAAUUAAUUCGUUAAUCAAGUGUAAAAAAGUUUCUGUCUCCGCGACUCCCGGUAAAACUAAACAUUUCCAGACUCUAUUUCUCGAAGAUGAUCUUUGCCUAUGUGAUUGUCCAGGUCUUGUGUUCCCAAAUUUUGCCUCAAGCAAAGCUGAAAUGAUCUUAAAUGGGAUCCUCCCGAUUGACCAUAUGAACAAUCAUGUACCACCAGUGAAUCUAUUGGUCAGUUUGAUACCAGCUUAUGUUUUUGAGGUUAAAUAUAGUAUCACAUUACCAAUGGAGGUUCAUAAAGGUGUACAACUUACAGCUGAACAAUUGUUGAAUGCCUAUGGUUAUUUAAGAGGAUUUAUGAACCAAAGAGGAUUACCCGAUAAUCCUCGAGCAGCUCGAUAUAUUUUAAAAGAUUUCGUUAAUGGAAAACUGAUCUACUGUGUUGCUCCACCAGGAGUUGAUCAAAAUGAAUUUCACCAAUUCACUAAUCAUCAUCGACCUCGACCUGGACAUAUUACCCUUCGUCAACAUUUUUUACUUGAUUCAAAAGCUCACAAUGUAAAAUGUUUCGAUUCAAAUUACUUUUCGACAACUGGAUCAACUGUUCACGCUAAAGGGCCAGCCAAUGUAAUCAAUUUUUCAAGAGUUGGUAAGAUCGGGCCUGUUCAGGGUGGCAAUAGCAAUCAGCCAACAAUUAACAAACCAUGGCGACAAGUGAGCAAAAGAAACACCAAGCAAAAAUUACGAAAAGCGUUUGCACAUUUGGAUGUCAAAUGAGGACGAAAAAAUGAACAAUCUAAUUGUUGUAAUAAUUGUACAAUCAAGCAAACAAAAUUAUAUUAUUAUUACUCAUUACCCUUUAA